GAAGUUGACAGAGGUGGACCGUCUCUCUUCAUAUAAAAGUCUUUAUAAACACUUACAACUUCCGGAAAGUGUCACGCUGUCCUCCAUCGGCGCAUAUCACAGUCCACAGAGGGUCACGUCGGGAAAACUCAGCUGAAAUCAUGGUUUUCGAAGAUAAAAUGAUCACGAAUGGAGAGCCAGAGGAGGAGGAGGAGGAGGAAGAAGAAGAGGAGCAGGACAUGGUGGACCCGUUAGAGACGGUGCGUGAGAAGUGUGAGCAGACGGAGCAUUGCGUUCACACUCGUGAGCGUCUCGAGGCGUGCGAGACACGGAUCGGCUCACGCUCGGAGACGACAGAGGAGUGUACAGAGGAGCUCUUUGACUUCCUGCACGCUCGUGACCACUGUGUGAGUGCUGAUGCUCAGCCGAACCUGUGGAUGUUAGAUGUCAGUGAUUGCUGGAGCGGUUUAGAUUUUGCCAAGAUGCUGGGGCCUGUACCAUGA